GUUUUAUUUACUCCUAGUCACCCUGCGACUGAAAAUAUCACAAAUUCACAAUAGACAACAAAUCUAAACAUAAUCUGUGCUGCCAUGGGCGGACAUGACAAUGUCAAAUUUCUGUCAAUUUUGUUUAUUGAUUGUGAAAUGGAUUCAUAUUUUUAUUUAAAUAAUUAGCAUUAUUCGCUAUAAGAUCACCUAUUUUUGAUUGUUAUACUAUCUAAAAUAUUUACUUUUCAAUCCAAAAAUGAAUUGAACGUGUAAGAUAUGGUGGUUUAGUGAAAUUAACUAAUUUUCUCUUAUUACUUUGAAUUACAAAUUUUAUCUCCGUUGCUGAAAUUAUGGUAGAAAACGGUGCCUCCAGUGGGGGCAGUGAUAGCCCAAGCGCAACUUGUGCAAGAUCUGGGCUUUUGGAGACUUUGGUGCGUGGUGUUUGGUACCGCGUACAUUGUACACUGGAAGAUGAUUAUUUUAGUGUUUGUUUGGAUGAUGGAUACGACGCUACCACAACUCUAAACGGGACGAUUAAUAACAACAACGUUGAGACUCCAAAUAGUGAUUUCACAGAAGUUCCAGAAGCUAUUGCAAACCAGAAACGUUUAGUACAAGUAGUGAAAUCAGACAAUAAUGGUUUAGGUAUAUCAAUAAAAGGUGGAAUAGAAAACAAUAUGCCUAUAUUAAUAUCAAAAAUAUUUAAAGGAAUGGCUGCAGAUCUUACAGAACAGUUGUAUGUUGGUGAUGCAAUAUUGUCAGUCAACGGGGAAGACUUGAAAGAUGCUACACAUGAAGAAGCAGUCAAAGCUUUGAAGAGAGCUGGAAAAAUGGUCCAACUUGAAGUGAAAUAUUUGAGAGAAGUGACUCCAUACUUUCGGAAGGCGUCGAUCAUCAGUGAGGUGGGGUGGGAGCUGCAGCGCGGCUACAUGGCGGAGGCGCCGCCGUCGCCGCCGUCACCGCGCCGCCGCCGCGCCGACACGAGAUACGUGCCAUUAUUGAUGGCCUGCGUAGCCAAAAACCUUCGCCACCAUGACCCAGAGGAGCGCACGAUCGAGGUGUACUCUCCGGACGGGGUGCACGCGCUGGCGCUGCGGGCGGGGUCGGCGGGCACGGCGGCGGGCUGGCACCGCGCGCUGCACGCCGCCGCGCGCCGCGCCGCCCGCGCCGCGCUGGCCCGCGCGCGCCCGCGCCUGCGCCCGCUCGUCGGCGACGUGCGCUACGCCGGCUGGCUGGCCCGCCGCCCGCCGCAGGAUCAUAUAAGUGCAUCUGGCGGGUCAGACAGUUCCGAUGAAGCAGAAGGCUGGCAGCCGACCUUUGUGGCUAUAACGGACAGAGAGUUGAGGCUGUACGAGGCGGCGCCGUGGUCGGGCGAGGCGUGGUGCGCGCCCAGCGAGAGCUUCAGCCUGGCGGCCACGCGGCUGGCGUGGUGGCGGCGCGGCGGCGCGCAGGCGGCCGCGCUGGGCGUGCGCGCGGGCACGCCGGCCGGCCUGUGCGUGCGCGCGCUGCGCGCCGACACGCCGCACGACCUGGCCGCCGUGGCCGGCGCGCUGGUGGACGGCGCGCAUCAUGCUGUGCGCGCGCAGCCCGAGUUCACCUUCCGUGAGUAGAUGUUGC